UCUUUCCACACGCCUUUGUAGAAUACGUUGACUCUGUCGCUCAUAUUUCUACCAAUAUCUAUCGUUCUCGCUCUUACCAACAAUAGUAAGUGGGGAGUGAACCGCACAGUACCACUACCAUCCCCACCCUCAUCAAGAUAUUUCUUCUCGCCCAGUGCCUUCGCGUUCUAACUAGUCGUCGUUGACGCCGUUGUAUCUUUUACAGUAGUAUUAUACACGUAUAACACUUAAUAUAUGAGUUCGAAUUUUAUUGUAAAUAGUUCUACAGUUUCUAUAGUUGUACAUAAUAGUGUACGUUCAAAAUGUAUAUGUCGUUUGCUCAAAGUGUUAAUCGUUGUAUGACAAUAGGUGCGACCUGAAUCAUAUUGUGUGCGCGAGUCUCGUUUAUCAUUGUUUCAUCGGCUGCCGUCUGUUGUAUAUUUAUAUGUAGAUAUUUAGCAAAUUAUUAUGUUAGAGAAAAUUUUGUGUUGCUACUGUUGACCCUUAUAGUGCAUAUUGACAUGCAGUGUUUAGCAUGACCACUGCAGUUAUCCUGAUAUGCACACGACCAGUAUGGAUUUACGACUAUUAUUAUAGCGAAUGAAAUAGUGUGGGACGUAGGAGAUGGCAAGAUUGAAAAUUACUAAUGUUCAAUCAGUAUUCUUCUUGUUAAAUGUUUUGUUUUCUGUCAUACUAGCCAAAGAUGUCAAUCGCUAUGAUACUGUAUAUGCUUGUGAAGGAAAACCUCUUAAACUGGAAUGUCGAGAAGGAGAAAUUAUUCAUUUGGACCGGGCAAUUUAUGGACGAUACUCUAUCACAGUAUGUAAUGAUCAUGGUAACACUGAUUGGAGUGUUAACUGCAUGUCCACUAACACUUUACCUUUGCUACAAGCCAAAUGCAAUGAAAAAAGGAACUGUAGUAUUCAGGCUAAUACUAGCUUAUUCUCUGAUCCUUGCCCUGGUACAAUGAAAUAUCUUGAAGCUCAAUACCAUUGUAUUCCAGCAUCACUUUCCACAACAACUUUAAAGCCUAAUCCACCAUGGCUUAUAACAUCACAACCUAGUGUUUGGAAUGCUGAUAAACUUUUAACUCUUAAGCCUGCAACCCCAAUCCCACCAAUUUUGUCAUCACCUCAGUUAGAUGAUACUGCUGGAUCUAGUGUAGAAGAACAUAUUUCAUCAGUUUCAUUAACUACAACUAGUACUGUUGCAACAUCAGAAUUAUUUAUAAGUCACAAAGAAAAUAAUUCUAUAACAGAAGGAGAACAAAAUUUACCUUCAGUUGCAAUAACAACUGAGUGGAAUGUACCACCACCAACAAGUGAUUUGCCACCUCAAUUAAGUAUUAUUGAUGUUGAAGGAAUGGAUGAUAGAUUAUCAUUGUCUUGUCCUCCUGAAACAUCAAGAAGUUUAUUUUGGAAUUGGACCAAAGCAGGAGAAGAAGCAGUACAAGCCUGUCCCGGUGGUGCUGCUGGUGUUGCUAGGUGGCGUUGUCAAAGUUUAAUUGCUGGUAUACCUAUAAGAAUUCCUCCUACACCUGACCUUUCUGAAUGUCGAUCAGUAUGGUUAUCAAGCCUUGAAGGAAGGCUUCAUCAAGGAGAUUCUAUUAUUAGUAUUGCAAAUGACCUCUCACAAGUAACUGAUAGCAAGCCAUUAUAUGGAGGUGAUAUGAUGACUACUACAAAAAUGUUGAGAGACCUUGCUCAAAAAAUGGAAAAAGAUAUGGUAACAUUUCCUGACAAACAACAACAGGAAGCAAUGGUUACUGAUCUAUUGCAAUGUGUGGUACGAAUUGGAAGUAAUUUGCUAAAUGUUUCUCAAUAUUCAUCAUGGAGAGAUCUUGCUUUCAAUGAACAAAUGCGAGUUGCAACAAAUUUAUUGGUUGGACUAGAAGAAAAUUCAUUUUUGUUAGCUGAUAUUAUGAUGAAAGAAAAGACAAUUACUCAUAGUGUUAAAAAUAUCUAUCUUAGUGUAAGAGUUAUCUCCACACAGAAUGUGGAUACUGAAGUUUUUCCUCCAUUAUAUACGUCUAAUAAUGGAAUUUUCAUGAAUAAUACAUGGUUACAACUGCAAAAAUCUGCAUUACUUGAAAAUAGUGAAGCUGGUUUUAUAAGAUUAGUCUACAUAGCAUUUGAUAGUCUGGAAAACAUACUACAGCCUCAAUCUUCUAAUGGAAUACGCAUAAUAAAUAGUAAAAUUAUAUCAGCUUCCUUAGGCAAAGGGAAACAUAUACAGUUACAUCAACCAGUCACUCUUUGUUUUCAACAUCUUCAAAUUGAUAAUGUGAGCAAUCCAACUUGUGUUUUUUGGGAUUAUACAGAAAAUGGGUGGUCAGAAGAAGGCUGUUCUGUUAUUUAUACAAAUCAAACUCAUACAUUAUGCCAGUGCAAUCAUUUAACAAAUUUUGCUAUUCUUAUGGAUUUAAAAAAUUCUGGAGAAAUGCCUAUAACUUUUUCUACAAAUAAAUUGCUUUUAUAUGUCAGCUGUAUAUUUUCUGGAGUUUGUUUCCUAUUAGCAGCAAUUACUCUUCAGUUAACAGUAAAGUCAAAUCGUACAGUUAUUUUGAAGAAUUUAUUUUUGUGUCUCUUCUUGGUUGAAUGUUUUUUUCUUUUUGAGGUAACACAGGAAAGGACAGUAUUUGUCUGCUCUGUAAUAGCAGUUAUACUACAAAUAUUGUUAUUAUGUUCAUUUAUGUGGACAUUUAUUGAAGGAUUCCAUUUGUAUGCUACAUUAAUUGAAGCAUUUAAUUCUGAAAAAUUACAAAUGCGUCUUUAUUAUUUAGUUGCUUAUGGCAUUCCAUUAAGUAUUGUUAUUGCAGCUUGUUACUUGGAUCCUUAUGUUUAUAACUCAAAUAAUUGCUUAAAGCCUAAUAAUAUUAUUGUGUACAGUAUUAUAUUUAUUGUCUCAGUAAAUCUAGUCCUUUUAUGUCUAUCUCUGUAUAUAAUUAGAAGUAAUUCUUCACUGAUGUCUAUUAAAUGUAAAGAAAAUGUCAAAAUAACUUCUUUGAAAAUGUGGCUUAGAAGUGCUAUUUUGUUGUUAAUUUUUAUAAUGUUGACGUGGACAUUAGCUUUUUUUUACAUAACAUCAUAUUCCAUUUUUAUGCUGUAUAUAUUUUCUGUUGUAAAUUGUUCACAAGGACUUCUCAUAGUAUUAUUAUAUUGUAUAAAAAAUAAUUCAGUUUAUAAAGUAUUUUCUGAGUUAAAUAUGAUUUCAUUUUUACCAUGGCAAUGUUGUCUUAUUAAUUCUACUCAAGAAAUGAAUUUAAACUAUAAAAAUCAGAGAACCAGUCUGUAUGGCACUUCUGUUGGCCCAAACAGUCAAGGAAGUAUUGCAGAAUGUUCUACACCAAGAUCAUUGUCUUCUCAUAGGAUGAAUACUUUUCAUCAUCCUGUUCACGAAAGACAUACAUUGGGUAGUAAAAUCAUAAACAUACAAAAUGAAAUUGAAGUGCCAGAUUUAGAUAAUACAAUUCCUAAAAAUGAACAUCAAGCAGUAGUAUGUGGAGGGACAUUACCAUACACUCGUUCUAGUCAAAAGACUUAUUCACGUAAUAAAAUGCUGCCAAAAGCUGGUACAAUGUUUGGUAGUCGUCUUCAUAAACAAUCUUUACAGAGUAAACCAAGCAUACAAGAUAAAUGUUUUAGCUUGAAGCAACCAACUUAUGUACAUAAUAAUCAUGGAGUGCCCAAAAUUUGCUCUAUUCGAUGCAAUACUUUAGGUGAUGGUUUUAUUGAUAAUAAUUGUUCAACUAAAAAAUACAUUGGAGUUAGUGGUGUACGAGCCACUAGUCCUUGGAAUCAUACUUAUUCUGAAAUAAUGGGUGGUAUAUCUGCUUCUGGUGGGGGAUUAGAAGAUCCAGUUUAUGAAGAAAUAGAGCGUGAAAGAGAAAGAGAGCGAGAGCAAGCAGCUCUUGUGUCUGAUUUAAGUGAUGAAGAUGGCCGUAGAAAUAGUGACAUGAGUCGUCAAUCAUCAAGGAGUUACGGUGAUCAUAGACCACUUAUAAUGGCUCCCCCUCAAAGUCCAGACACCCAAGAUUUCCAUACUGCUCUUAAUGCAGCUUUUAGACAACAACUUAAAGAACAAACUGCUAGAACAAUUGCAGUGCUAGAUGGUCAAACUGUUGUAUGCCAUUUGCAACCUGACCAUAAUGAUUCCUAUGCUCAGCAACAAACUGUACAACAUUAUUCUUAUGAAUGUUAAUUGUUUGAAUAACAAUUGAUUAUUAAAAUGUAAUUAAGUGUAAUUAUACUUCUGUACAUAAUUUUUUUACUGCUGAACCUUGAGCAUUUUUCUUUAAACAUUUAUUUUGUUUAAAAUAUGAGCCUAUUACUCUAGUAUAAUUUAAUCUCUGACAAGAUUUUGAUAUUUAUUAUUUAAUUUCUAAUAUCAAUGAAAGAGCAUUGUUAAGUAUUUUUUUAUAACUACUGUUGAUAAAUUAUUUUCCUCUUUAUUAUUAUUAUAAAAGAAAGUAGAUUCAGUUUUGUAUUACUAAAUUUUUAUUUUUCAAGUUGUCUAUAUACUAAAGCCUCUGAACACUUGCCAUUUACAUUGUUUACUUAUUAUGACUAAAAUGUUACAUAAUUUUGCAGAUAUGCUUACAAUUAUGAUUUAAAUUCUGUUUUAAUAAUUAUUUUUUGAAUAGAAAAAAUAAAUUAUAAACUAUUAAACAUUGUCUAGUCUCAUUAAAGCAAUAAAUUAAUAUAGUUAAAAAAAAAUUCAAAAUGAACCCGUAACUAAUAAUAUUUCUAAUUCAAAUAAUCUUUUUUAGUUCUUAAUAAUUUUUCAUUUUUUUUCUUGUAAAUGUUUUUUUUUUUUUAAUAAUGUUGAUUCUAAAAUAAUUGAUUUAUGAAUAUGAAAAAUUGACUUUCAGUUUUACUAAGUGAAAAAUAAUAACAUACAAUGUUUUCAUUGUUUAUGUAAUCAAUAUACUUAAUUAUAAUAUUUAUUUAUAUUCAUAUAAUCAAUAAAAUAAUCUCAUUAGUGUCAGUUAUUUACUAACAUCUUUUUUUUUUAAACAAGUAAUUUUUAUAUGCUUAUUCUAGUAGUAAAUCUUUUUCAAAUAAUUUUUAGAAAAAUAUUUCUUUUAUAACAAAUAUAUGUUUUUAGUUAAAUGAUAAAAUGAUCUUAAUAUUAAUACUUUUUCUAUAAAUUUGAAAAUCUUAAAUUUGAUUAUUUUAUUUACAUUAUUUAGCUAAAUAUUUUUAGCAAAUGAUAUGGAUCAAAAUUUUUCUUAUAAAUUAGGAUUUUUCAUAAAAGUUUUUUUUCACUCUCCUGUUAAAAUGAAUUAAUGCUUACAUGAUUCUCAUUUUUUUUCUCGUCAAUUAAAAAAGGUUAGCAUUUUAAAAAUAAUUUUACUGUUUUACUAAAACAAUAUUUAUUAAAUUAUUAUAAAAAUGUUCCUAAACACAUUAUCUUAAUUUUCAAAUGUAUCGCAUUUCAAGUAUUAAUAAAAUUUAUUCAAGUAAUUUCUUGAGACUGAUUUGAGAGUUGAGACUGGUUGUUCAGUUUUUAUGCAAUCAAUUACAUCGAACAUUGCUUUGUAUAAUUAUAAUAUUAAUUUUCAAUUUUAGUUUUUUUAUAAUUUAAUGUUAAUUUGAGUAAUUGUAAUUAAUUUUUUUUAAAACUUGGUAGUUCACAUUUGUCAAGAAUCUAAAUGUAUUAUGGUGCAUCAUGCAAUAACAUUUAAAUUGUAUUUAUUUUUAUUGUUACUUCAAUUUAAUGUAAUUCUUAUUUAUUUUAUUUAAUGUACAUAAAAGCUAAAAAUCAAAAUUAUUAUUAAUUAACUGUUGUAACACUCUUUAAAAUACUUUUAUGUAAAUUACAUAUUCAAAUUUACUACUUAUUUUUCACUUGUACACAACACCAUGUUUCAAAUAAGUACAUAAAUACUAUCAACUACUAUUUAAUGAACAAAAUUAUUCAAUUAUCAAAAAUAAUUAUUCCCGUGUUUUUGAUAUUUAAAAUUAAAUUCUUAAACAGAAAUUAAUUUAAUUCUAAUUUGAUUGUCUUAUUUAAAUGUGUCGUAUAUUUGUAGCUGUUAAUUGUUAACUUAAAAAAAAAUUUUUGUUCUUUUUAAAGUUAAUUUUAUUAUCAGAGCUGAAAAGAGGUGAUUAAUUUUUUUGAAUUUUAUGAAACAGUUUUCCUAUUUUUUUAUAAUUUGAUGCAAUUUUUGGAAAUUUUUAUACCUAAACUUAACAGUUGGCAUAAUAUUCUAUGUAUAUUUAUUGUAGAUUUAUGUAUAAAAUUUAUAGAAAUUAAUUAUAGAUAUAAAAUAAAAUAGAUAUAUUUACAUGAUUUUAUGUAUGCUGUGAUCAUAUACAUUAGUAUUAUAUUUAAAAAAUGUACAAUAAAUGAAAAAUUGAUUAGAUCA